AUCCUUUCUCAAGUCUCAUCAUUCACAAAAUCACUGUCGUUUCCGAUUCUCCACAAUACACCUGCCAACUCACUAAAUCCCGCCGAAAAUGGCGGCCAAUUCGCCGCUCAAAACCCCUUUAAACACCACCAUACCCGCCGCCGCCGCCAAAAUUCCAAAACUUUCAUAUUUUCUUCCGGCAAUUAACAACAGCCCGUCACCAUCAAAAUCCAAAAUUCUGACAGUUUCUUGCGACAGUAGUAGUAAUAAUCAGAAUUUAGGAUUCACAUUUUUAUCAGGCGGAGCUGAUCACAUUUUACAAAGCUCGUCUCUUUCACUUCCGUCGUCGGUUUCUAUGGCGGCCGCUUCAGCAUCGGAUUCGUCGUUGAAAACCAUGAAACGGGUCUGUCUUUUUUACUGCGACGAGACUAAACCCUUAGCAGAGCGUGUCGCUGCUGAAUCCGACGCAAUUGAGCUCCGGUCAAUCACAUGGAGGAAAUUUGAAGAUGGAUUUCCUAAUUUGUUCAUACCAAAUGCACAAGCAAUUCGAGGGCAACAUGUAGCGUUUCUGGCGUCAUUUAGUUCACCAAAAGUGAUAUUUGAGCAACUUUCAAUAAUUUAUGCAUUGCCCAAAUUGUUUAUAUCUUCUUUCACUUUAGUCCUUCCUUUUUUUCCUACUGGUACUUCUGAGCGUAUGGAGGACGAAGGAGAUGUUGCUACUGCUUUUACUCUUGCAAGGAUUUUAUCAAACAUACCCACUUCAAGAGGAGGACCUACCAGUUUAGUCAUUUUUGAUAUUCAUGCCUUGCAGGAAAGAUUCUAUUUUGGUGAUAAUAUAUUGCCCUUCUUUGAGAGUGGCAUACCUCUGCUUCUAAAUCGGCUUCAGCAACUUCCUGAUUCUGAUAAUAUAGCAAUAGCUUUUCCUGAUGAUGGUGCAUGGAAAAGAUUCCAUAACCAGCUGCAGCAUUUUCCCACGAUUGUAUGCACUAAAGUUCGGGAAGGUAACCAAAGAAUUGUGCGUAUCAAGGAGGGGGACCCUCGAGGAAAACAUGUUGUGAUUGUUGAUGAUUUAGUUCAAUCAGGCGGCACACUAAUUGAAUGCCAGAAAGUAUUAGCUAAUCAUGGAGCAACAAGAAUAAGUGCUUAUGUCACUCAUGGAAUUUUUCCUAAUAGGUCAUGGGAACGCUUUGAAUUUGAUAAUGGAGGCUAUCCAGGGAAUGGACUGACCUACUUCUGGAUCACAGAUUCUUGUCCAUCAACAGUGAGAGAGGUGAUGAACAAACCACCAUUUGAAGUUCUUAGCCUUGCCAGUUCCAUAGCAACUGCACUCCAGAUCUAACAUCUUAUCGUCUUUAGCGUAGUUGACAUGCGAUGGAAAUUGUCGAGAUACCCAGGUGUUUUUAAUCUUUCUUUAAUUUUUUUUUCUGCGUGACUGCAGUAUCGUGAUUCAUGGCUGCAUAAUGUAAAUCUAUCAGAAUUCUUUCAUUUUGUUUUCAAUUAAUUGAAGGUCUGCAUCUUUCUAAUGUAAUUAAACGACUUCUCUGCUACGUUUGGUUAAUGGAAGAGAACAAAAAAUAAUGAAAUAAAAUAUUCUAUAAUCUGAUUUGUGAAA